GGCCGGAAGCGGGCGGCGGGCGGGGGCGGUGGAAGCGAUGGAGCCGGCCAAGAUGGCGUCUCCCAAGAGCGCGCCCAAAGACGCGCAGGUGAUGGCGCAGAUCCUGAAGGACAUGGGCAUCACGGAGUACGAGCCGCGCGUCAUCAACCAGAUGCUGGAGUUCGCGUACCGCUACGUGACCACCAUCCUGGAGGACGCCAAGGUGUACUCGAGCCACGCCAAGAAGCCGAGCGUGGACGCCGAGGACGUGCGGCUGGCCAUCCAGUGCCGCACCGACCAGUCCUUCACCUCGCCGCCGCCCCGCGAUUUCCUCCUAGACAUCGCCAGGCAGAAGAACCAGACGCCGCUGCCGCUGAUAAAGCCGUACUCCGGGCCCAGGCUGCCGCCAGACAGAUACUGCCUGACAGCGCCCAACUACAGGCUUAAGUCCCUGCAGAAGAAGGUGUCUUCCUCUGCAGGAAGAAUAACAGUCCCUCGCCUGAGCGUCGGUGCUGUGAGCAGCAGGCCUAGCACCCCUACUUUAGGUACACCUUCAGCACAGACAGUAUCUGUUUCUACAAAAGUCGGCACCCCAGUGUCGCUGACUGGGCAGAGGUUCACCGUGCAGAUCCCGUCUUCGCAGACAACGGUCAAAGCAGCCACACCAACUACACCGACAGUUCAGAAUGUCCUAAUUAAUCCUUCAUUAAUUGGACCAAAGAACAUUCUUAUUACUACAAACAUGGUAUCAUCGCAGAAUACAUCUAAUGAAACAAAUACCCUGAAGAGGAAGCAUGAAGAUGAUGAUGACUAUGAUAAUUUGUGAAGAGACUGUCCCGUCCCCUCCUGUUCUUCAGUGAUUCAUAUUGAGUCUGAUAGGGUUUAUUUCGGAGCGUGUUGUAAAGUGUGUGAUAGCUUGUAAAUAAUCUGGUAGUAUGCAGUUGGGUAUAGCAUGCACGAGGGAGAGAGAGAUCAUCGUCCUGUGGAAAGACUAAAAAGCAAGUAAUCUUUUCUUCUGGUCUUUAAUGGCUUUUGAACCUCAACAGCAGGGCUGAGCACUGGUCGCUGUUAGACGGGCGUGCAGUCCUCACCUCUCUUCUGUUGCCUUACUUCGAACAGAAGAGUCCGUGGUUCUGCAGACUGGCGAGGCAGUUGCUUGUAGUACUCUUCUGUGCCAAAUAAAACUAAUCUUUAGGAAACACUAGGUAGUGUAGAAUGUGACAUAGAUGCUAAAUUUCAAGUAAAAAAAAUAAAAGUUCCGUGCCAGGAGGGAAGCAUCUAGGGCUACUUUCUUUUUUUCCCCUAAAACACACUUACAGCUUCUGGCUUUUAGUUGUAUGCAUUAUUCUCCACGUGCAGUUGUCGAUGGUCUCUUAACAAUAGAAAUACAGAUGGAGAAGUAAGGAGGAUUUGUCUGGAGAAUACUUAGCCUGAUCACCUGUAUUCAUUAAUACAUGAAAGCUGUUGGCCUUAACACCUACUAAAAUACCCAGAACCCUACCUGAAGUUAGUGGAAGAGGUAAAAGCCCACCCCAACUUUUUUUUUUAUUUAUUUCCAAAGAGUUUUCUCUCUGUCAGAUGUCAUUUGGUUAAGCUUCCAUUUUUACAUGUGAAUUGAGUAAACUCACUGUCAUCGUGGCAUGAAGGGGGAUCCGGUGAAGGGCAAAUUGUUCUGAACUUGACUUCAGGUGUCUGAUUUGGUGCUUCAGGUACUUGAAGAUGCUUCUGUUGUGCAUUGAGAUCCCAGGUAUGCUGUGCUAAACAAAAAAUGAAGAACAAAUUUAAUUGUUUUUAUAUAUAUUAAAUAAUAAAGUGGUGUGCUUUUGUAA